AUGGACAUAAGCGUCGAAGAGACGCUCGAUUACUUCGACGAGCUCUUUAGCGAAGACGAGUUCUUCGUUGUGGCAAAGCCUUCUGCAAGUGGUAGUACCGUACUUUGUGCUCGGAAGUGGCUACGGCCCUUCGUGAAGACAAGAAGCUUAUGCGCUAAUGCUAAUACUGCGCUCGUAGAGGCAUACGACUCCUACCCUAUCGACAAAGAUUACGAUGCGGUAGACCGCUCCGACUUUGCGGUAGUUAUGCCGACUAAGACUAGUGCUAGCGACAAGGGUCGCAAGAUGUACCGUAUAUCCGCGAUGAACAGUAACAGCCGUAGCUCCUACACCCUCGAGUAUCGCUACAAACUCUACUUAAGCAUUGAGUCCGCCGACGUCGACGAGGAACUAGUGCAAAUAGAGGCCGCAAAUCCUAUAGCACGUAUAACUACUGAAAUGCUUAAUCUACAGCUCGCAUUAACACAAGCAGUCGACGAUGUUAAGCAACCGACCGUCGAAGAAGUCAUUGAGACAGCCGAGUAUCAAAUUCAGCCUAAUAAGGAGCCUAAUCGAGUGCAGGAAGCCACUGCUAUACUAGGCUAA